AUGGGUAAAAAAAAAAAAUAUGUAUAUUUGGAAUUUUCCAUAAAUACAAUAACAUUAGGGAAAGUUUAUUUUGAGUUAUAUAAUGAUGAAGAGAUAGAGAAAUCAACUGAAAACUUUUUAAGUCUUUGUAAAGGAAAUAAAUAUCAUAGUAUAUAUUCAAAUGAAAUGCUAACUUAUAAAAAUUGUAAAAUUGAAAAAAUAAAAAAAAAUAAAUCAAUAAAAUGUGGCUAUUUAAGGAAUAAAAUUCGAUCAGGAAAUAACCAUAACAAUUUUGAAGGUAGUAGUAAAAACUUUUCAGCAAAUGAAAAUAAAUAUGAAAAAGUUGAAUGUAUAUAUGGAGAGACAUAUAAUAAAGAAUAUUCACAAAGAAAGCAUUUAAAUGCAGGUUUAUUAACAGUUGUUGAAAUAGGAAAAAAAAAAUAUUCUUCAAUCUUUAAAAUUACCCUAAAUAGAGUAAAAAAAUAUGACAACAAAAAUAUUAUUAUUGGACGAGUAAUUAAAAAUAUGCACAUUAUAAGAGCCAUUGAAUUAUUGCCUGUUAAUAAUUUUUAUCAACCAAAAGUUAAUAUUUAUAUAUCAGAUUGUAAUGAAAUAAACGAAUCCUUUUUUAAAGGUGAAAAAAUAUCAAAUAGGCAAUCAUAUAUUAAUAGUUUAUUUGAAAACUUUGAUGAAACUAAUCAAAAUGACGAUGAAAAUGAUGAUGAGUUUAAUGUAGAAAAUGACACCUCCAUAUAUAAUCCAUUAAAUAUUAAGGAGAGAAAUAAUAAAGUUACAGAAAAACAAAAAGGUAUUGAAUUGUUGAACAAGAUACUUGAAACUAUUGAGUUUGCUUCGAAAAAUAAAGAAAAAGAAUCACCACAAGUAACUACUAAAAUAAAUGACAAUGAGGAAAGCCAAGACGACGAUCAAGCAUACCAUAAAAUAGAUAGCAAUCAAAAAAGUAAGCAAAAAAACCUCGAUGAAAUUGAAGAUAAACAAGCGUCUUCGGAAUAUUCCAUAAACUUAUUUGAAAAAGGUAUAAACAAAGAAAUGACAGAAAGGGAAAGAAGAUUGCUAGAAAUACAACUAAAAAUAAAUCAAUCAAAAAGUUUAAAUGAAAUGGAAAAUAUAAAAGAAAGAAUGGGGCACUCUUUUAGUGGCCAACGUAAUAAAUAUAUAGAAUAUAUGAACUACACAUUUGAAAAAAAUAAAAGUAUAGCAAAUGCUGUUCCAAAGAGAAACACAAAGCAAACGGAAGGGGAAAACCUCGAUCUAGAUGAAAAACUAACCGAUCCAGAAGAAGAACAAAACGAGCAAGUUGACGAAAAAAACGAGGAAGCUGACGAAAAAAACUAUGUUUAUAAUACAAGUGCUAUAAAGGCAUACAAUUCGAUAAGUAAAAAGAAGAAGAAUAAAAUGGAAUCAUAUGAACUUGAUAAUGAUAUAAAUUUAUAUAAAAAAAUAAAAUUUAAUUUCUCGAUAAAUAGAAAACUAUAUGAUGAAAAAAAAGAAAUAUACGGUAAAAAUUUUUAUGGAAAUAAUUUAUUAAUUCAAGACAAUACACCAUGUACUGAUAAAGAUAAAAAUAGAGUUAUAGAAUUUUGUAAAAAACAAGAAGAUUUAAGAAGUAAGCUUAGUAGAAAAAGAACAAAUGAUGGUGAACUUUUCAAAAAUUAUAUCAACAGACGAAAUAAAAUGUACAAUAAAAAGCUGGAUCGUUAUUUUAAUGAGCAUACAGCAGAAAUAAGACGAAAUUUGGAAAAACAACACUAA